AAUUUAUUAUUUUGACAUACUCAGUAUACAGCUCUAAUACAAUUUUUAUUUCGUGCACAUUUCGUACAAAAUACUUUGCUGCUAUUACUUUUAAUUACCUAACAUCAUUUAGUAGAAUACAAGUAAUAUGUCCUGUGAAAAAGGACACAAAAUUAAAAUAAUUGCAUAAAAGCUUGCAUUUUGUUUUCUGCUUACGAAGCAAAAUAUUUUGAUUGAUUAUUAAAAUUAAAAUCCAAUAUAUCCUGUAAUAAAAUAUACGUUAUAGCUAAUUAACAGUACUAUAUAUAAUCGAAGUAGAAAUUAAAUAAAUAAAAGAAUAGUAGAUAUAUUUUUGUAUCAAAGAUGAACGUAAAUAGCUACUUAUCGCCUCGUUUGAUGGUCGGAGCGGCUAUUGUGGGCAUAGUUGGUGCUGCCGGAGUCUUUAUAUAUGAACAAGUGUACGCUGAGAAGCGACGAGCAAUGCUAGUAAGUGAGGUUGCAAGACUAGAUAGACAAGUGGCUUCUAUGAGAACAGAGUUGGAAGCCCUCCGAGAGCUACAGAAGGAAACGCACAUGCGUCGCGCUCGACCGAAGCCUCGAGCGAAACGUGAAGUCGUUCCAGCGGGGGACGCUACGGAUUCCGAAUAUUAUACAGAUUGCCAGUCCCUAAUAGGUACAGAUAUCGAAAUGGAUAGUGAAGAGUUUUACGACGUUCCCUCCGACGACGACGACACUCUUCGCGAGUCCACUGGGAAUGGACAGGCGAUAAACGAGAGCCUGAAUUCAUCAAAAACUGAUGAAUCAAAAUCGUCAAAGGGCAGUACGUAGCUGAAGAGUUGAAUGUUCAGAGGUUUAAUAGACAAGAAUUCAUUAUGGUGUUAGCCGGGAUGGGUAAUAGACGUAGAAUUUCGAAUCAACUUUAUAUGACGCGCCAACUGCGACUUAUUAUAUCUACAAUUUCUAUAAACUAUCGUUCUGAAUAAUUCAUCUUCCUAGUUAUCGACUCCGUGGUAAUGUAAACAUGAUCCAGAAUGUAUGAGCCAGUAUGUUAAUAUGAUCCAGGAUGUAUGAGAUCUAUAAAAUUAAAUAAAUUUAAUUAUGAAUUGUAUUACAUUGUAUGUUAGUGAAGUUAAAUUUUGUUUGAUUUAUUUUUAGUCAUUUUACUAUUGGGAAAAGCCAAAUAUGUAUGUAAGGGAAUAGGUAUUAUUGUGUGUAAUGGUGUAAUUAUGGAGUUGUAUUUUAAUGUAUUUAUUUUUGACAUACUUGAUAAGUAAUAAUAAUUCUGUCAUACAAGUAA